AUGACAGCUAAGAAGGUGGAGGAAGAAAAUACCCGACAGGAGAUCUUGCGACGUAGACGGUGGAAUACCUGCAAGCACAGCGCGAUCAGCAGGCACAAUCGAUGUAGAAGCAAAAACAAAUGCUACGCCAGGUGGAAGAACAACGGAGAUACAUCGAAGAACAAUAUCGGCUGCCAUAGGCCGCAGACCGUGGAACUUCAAGAAAGGAAGCUAGAGAGUCUGGCUGAGGCCGUUGAGCUGCAAAUGCACGGCAAUAUGGGGCGUUUUGCGCAGAGUGAGUCAAGUAAUUACGAACGCAAGUCGACAAAAGCGCCAGCAAAAACCGUAGUGGCAGGAACAAUGAUGCCCGUUCCUCCUGUCUACAGAGGCAGCUCCGAGAAGGAAAAAGGGAGAUUAUGGACAGCUACACGAUUUCCAUAA